AUGAGUCCACACAAGGACAAAAAUGCCAAUACCAACACCAAAUUCAAUGCCGUCUCCUCCACUCUGUUCAAGAUCGCUGCGUUGAUUAAUGCUAUAUCCAUUCCCUUCCACGAGAAAUACGGCCACGACCACAUCCACUCCGCGCUGGCCACCAUCGCCGAAACUCCAGACCUGCUCAUCGGCAAGUACGGCGCAUGGUACACAUGGCACUAUAUCGAUGCCAUGUUUGCUGUUGUUGGUAAACCCCCUUCCCACAAACAUACCCAUCUCUCCGGUUCUGACUUUUUUUUUUGGGCGUAUGUGCAGCAUGCCUAA